CUUCCAUGGAAGAGACUGUUAGAGAGGGUGAUUGGAUAGUUUUGCAGUCUAUUGAUAUUUCUAAAGACCUUACUUUUGUUCGUUACUAUCCAAACCGUACCGUAAAAGUAGGAGGCAGGAAGUUUCGUCUUUCCGAGCUACCAACCCCCAAAUUUGGUUGUAGAGUUGAUUUUGCUGUAAAGUCACAAGAAAACGAGUCUCAACAGAGACAACAGGCGGAAGAAGCUGCUUAUGGAGAAACUACAAAUUAUAAUUGUGACGAGUUGAUUGGCAGUGAAACUUCUUUUACGGCACAAGACAUAGAGCGUUUAAGAAAGGCUGGAAUUGUUGGAGAGGACUUGGUAAAGCUUUUAUCUCAGAAGAAUCCAAGCUUUUCAAAACUUUCGCGGUAUGCCCAAGAAAAGUAUAUCUCAAGAAAAAGGAGAAAGCACAUGGUUUCCGUAUUGGUACAGAAGCCAACUUGUUGUCUUCUUUGUGAAUGGUAUUUGAAAAAGAAUCCAGAAGCUAUCCUUCGUCUCUCUCCUGUCUCAGUGGGGCUCGUGUUAAGAUUGGCCAACAUUGUAGUCGAAUCCAAGGUUCUUAUUUUCGAAGAUACUUUAGGUUUGCUUUGUGCUUCUGUGGCAGAGAGAACACAACAACGAGUUUUUAUCACCACCAUAUUUGAAGGUGAACACCCUCCUGGUUUAGAACUUCUUGACUUUUUCCCUUCUCUAGUUGAGUGGCGCAGAACGCCACGUUUCAUUGUUUGCCCUAUGAAUAUGUUGACUUUGUUAUACUCUGAAGAAGAAAGAGAUGGUUUCCCUCUUUCUUUUAGGAAGGAUACUCGUUUCCUUUUUCAAAAGAGUGAUUCCGAUAUUUUUGCGUCUGAUGUUUCUUUGACAAAGGACUCGAACAAAUAUUACCGUCCCAUAGUUGGACAACUGAAGCAAACUUUGCGAGAAGGCUUUAAUUCUCUUAUCAUUACCUGUAGAGAACCCACGUGGGAAAAGAUAAUAUUACUUAUUUCUCAGUUGGUUCCAAAUGGCUCCUUUGCUGUUUAUCAUUAUUCUUCAAGUUAUCUUUCUGAGUUGCACUAUAUGUUACUGAAAUGUCCACUGGUUAUUGCGAUACAACUUGAAGAAUGUUCUCAAUUGGAGCAUCAAAUGAUUUCGGGUCGGUCUCAUCCGAACAUGUCGAGUUUGCCUACGGGUGGCUUUGUACUUUCUGUCAGAGAAGGAGAAAAAACUGAACAGUCUAGCUAUGUCAUAUUCCAGAAACCGCACACAGCGUCCCUGCUAGCAGCGUUUUUAGGACUCAUAGUUUAUCUUGCCUGGCGAAACGAACAAGGAACUGACACAGUGUCUAAUGUCAUUCAAGGCAUUUUGUGCAGUUGUCUACCUCUUCUCAUUUACGGAAUUUUGCAGUUUCGUGAUGGUUUUUUUCAGAGGCCCCAUCCGGCUGUUUGGAGGCUUGUCAUGGGAAUUUCACUUUUAUACCUGAUGUUUUUGGUCUUUUUACUCUUUCAGAACGUAUCAGAUGCAAGAAAAAUUAUUGGAUAUAUGGAUCCCCUCAAUGCUGGUCAACCUCUACCAGACCGAUCGUACGGCGAAGACUGUCGUCUGUGGACACCUGAUAAUCCUGAAGGGUCCUUGGUAAAUUUGACUUCAGCUUUAGACGCUUUUGUUGUAGCUCAUACGUUGGGAUGGUUUGUGAAGGCACUCAUGAUUAGGGAUCGAAUUGUAUUGUGGCUUGCUAGUGCACUUUUUGAACUUUUGGAGUAUUUGUUGAAGGGUAUGCUUCCAAAUUUUAACGAAUGUUGGUGGGACUCGAUCAUUCUCGAUCUUUUAUGUUGCAAUCUUGUUGGCAUUGAGCUUGGAUUAGUAGCUUGCAAAGUACUUCAAACGAAAAAGUAUUCAUGGAGAGGUGACGGUGCUGUUUCGAAGAAAUAUUUCUGGAGAGAAUUGAUAGGCACUCUUGGACCGUCUUCUUUUGAUAAAUUGCAUUGGCCUAUUUUCGGCUCAUUGCGACAUUUUGUAGCGUGUUCGUUGGUGAUAUUCAUUUUGGAAGUCGCUGAUUUGAAUGCCUUCUUUCUUAAAGCAAUUUUGUUUUCCAAGUGCAAGGGAAUUUUACCAGUUUCUAGUAGAUCCUACUUGUCAACGUUUCGGAAGUCAAGCUUGGAUUUUGGUGGCCACGUUAACCGCAGAAUUGUUCAUUUCCAUUAAGUUUGGUCGAUAUGUUUAUCCAAAGAAGUGGACGGAAUACUUUCCAUUGCAUAUUCGAUUC